AUGUUGCUACGCUUUGGCAGCCUGGCCACCUUGCCCCUCCUCGUCACUGCCAUAGGCGUCACCGGGCCUCUCACUUUCACCAAAACCAUCCAACCGCUCGCUCACCAGAAUGUCAUAAUCGAGUGGACCGGCGGUGUCCCGCCGUACAACUUAAACGCCGUCAUUUACCUCGAUCCCCCCACAAUUGAGCGCAUUGCGGCCAACACGACGGGAAUUAUCGCCCCAUACUUUGUCAACCAGCCCUCUGGCGAACGCAUCCAGUUUCAACUGAGCGACGCCAGCCAGACCAACGUGUACCAGACAACAUCUGUGGCCAGCGCGACACACUCGAAUACAAACUUGAUCCUCGGUGUCGUCUUUGGGUGUGUGUGCGGCAUCAUUGCAGGUCUUGGCGUGUGGGCACAUAUCCGGCGCAGAAGGAGGAAGAACCUUGUUCUCCUGCAACCCGAAACCUCGUUCUCGUCGACGGCCGCGAUGGUGCCGAUGAGUGCGAUGCCCCCGACACCCACCAUCGUGGUGCACGCCGAUGAUGCGCUGUACCACAACAACCCUCCACCCCCUGCCUAUGCAGAACACGCACCGGGGCGGACAUGGGGCUAA